AGGAUUUUGGAAGAACUGUUGCGCACAAGACUUACAUACUUGGAAAUGGAAGAUGUCUUGUGUUACUUGUCACUCAUGUCAGUUUUGCUCAGCAAUACACUGGGUCAGACAGUGUCACUACAAGGUUCUUCAUCUUCAGUGCUACUGGGUGACAGCUUCCAGUUGACCUGCACAGUGACUGGAGGCGGCCCUCUACAAGGAACACUGAGCUUCCAGCGGGGAGCAGGAGCAACACCAUACAGGCCAUGUAUUGUCAACUCUAGAACCUGUGCACAGUUCACUGGUGAUCCUGGCUACUCAUGUGGAUGUGUGACUGGACAGACAAGGAUAUUCUACACAAACAUCACAGCUGUCAGUAGAAAUGAUAGCAAUAACUGGACAUGUCAGGACAGUAACAGCAUCAGUAACACCAUCAGUAUGACCGUCCAGUGGGCCCCGUCGCUAUCACCGCAGAAAGGGCAGCGCCAUUACCACCGCAGACCUUCAAACCCAGGCGACUUCAUGCAGCAGUUCUCCCAACAGAUCAUGGAGAUGAUGGAGCACCGUUACGGCCUGGAAAAGAAGUCACAGCCAGCCCAGGUCCCAGCCCUGGCCUUCGCUAAGGCUCCAAUGCAGACGUCAUCUCUGAUGGGCCCGCCAUCAACGUGA